UUAAAAAACACAUAUUUAAAAUCAAAAUGUCAACUGUUAACGCUAAAGAUCUUGAUAACAAAACCUACCCAGAAAUCGUCCAAAUUGCUAAAGAAUUAGGAUGUUUCAUGCCAAAGAAGAACGCUAAAAAGACUAGAGAUGCUGUCAUUAACCGUAUCAAAAAUCAUUUAUCCAAAGGUGGUUCAGCCACUGCUGCCUCAAAAACCGCUGCUAAAGCUAAACCAGUAACCACCAAUAAAAAAGCUGCUGCUGGUGCUAAAAACUCUGCUGCUGCUAAAAAAUCAGCUGCUAAAGAUGAUGCUGAAAAAGAUGAUGCCGCCUCAGACAGCAAAGAGGAAUAAACAAUCAAAAAGUAUCACCUCAUAAACUCCCACACAAAUAACUAAUUUUUUUUUUUAAAAAAAACAACAACCAAUAACAAAUCAUUAAUAUUAUAGUCAAAAAUUUUUCACAAACUCUUCUUUCUAAUAAAUAAUUUAUUUAUUUAUUAUUUUUUUUUUAUCAUAUGUAUUAAAAUUAAAUUAAAUAAAAUUCAUUAAAAUAUUAUAUAAACAAAAAAUAUUUUAAAAAAAAAAAUAUUUAAAAAAAAAAGAAAA